ACUAGUUGAGUAGGCAUUAGAUAGAAGCAAAGAUAAAAGGAAGCAAUGGUCUCCCUUUCACUGAAGCUCAACCUGCACCCCAUCUCUCUGACUCUCUCUCCUCCAAUCUUUGCAAUCCAACUGCAAUCUCAUCCCUCCUCCAAAUCCAAUGGUGGCACUCCUCUUUCCUUCAUACCCCCUGCAAAAGCAAGAUUAUUACAUGUUAUUAGAACACAUUGCAGAAACAAUUCAAACAUUUCUGCAAAUUCAGUUGCAGUACAGCAAGAAGAUUCAGAAGAAGAAGAAAAAUUUGAAGUAUUAACAUCGACUCAAAGUGAGUACAACAAGAUAGUAAUGCUAGAAUCAAAAAAGUGUAAAGUUUUAUUGUUGGAUGAUAGUGGGAAUGUUCACAGCAUUUUAUACAAAAACCAGAUAUGGAGCAAUUCAUAUUGGGAUGAAUUUUGCAGCUUACCUGCAAUGAUCUCGAAAGGCCCGGUUGGCAUAUUCGGGUUAGGAGGUGGAACAGUUGCUCACCAGCUGCUCCACUUUUGGCCUUCCUUGGUGCUUCAUGGGUGGGAGGUGGACCACAUUUUGAUUGAUAGAGCAAGAAUGUAUUUUGGGAUGUCUGAGUUAGAAAUCAGUAGAAAAGAUGGUGGCAUUCUUCGAGUUUGUGUAGGAGAUGCGCUUUCGCCUUCAGCCACAGUUGCUGGUGGUUAUGCUGGGAUUAUUGUGGAUUUGUUCUCCAAUGCUGAGGUCUUGCCAGAGCUGGAAGUUGCCACAACUUGGUUGGAGAUGAGAAAAAAACUCAUGUACAAUGGAAGAAUCAUGGUUAACUGUGGUGGAGCUGUUCAAACAGCAACAGGGUGGCAGAUGAAUCCAACAAUACAGGCAUUGUGUGAAGCAUUUGGUGGGGAGUUUGUCAAUUGGAAGAAGAUGCCUGAUGAUCAAGGUGGCAAUUAUAUGGCAUUUACUGGACCUUUGCCGGAUAUGAACUCCUGGUCCGAUUCUGUGCCAGACAAACUCAGAUACGCCGUCAAUCAAUGGAGGCCUUGUCACCCUGUAUCAUGACACAGGACUCAGGACUCAGCAGCUUGCAUUGCUUCAUUUUUAGUUUCCAUGUUAUUUUGGCGGGAUUCGUACUGGAUGGUUGUUGUUGGUGAUGCCAUUUUUAUUUUAAACACCAAGUUCAAACAUCCUUAAUUAAUGUUAUUUUGUUAUAUAUAGCAAAUAAUCAAUAUCAUCUUUCAAAAAUUUGAUUGCUCAAA